AUGCAGGCCAUCCGGGAGACCAUCUACUCGUUCAAGGCGCGGUGGUUCGACACCCACGCCCAACUAAAUCGCCAGUACAACGUGCGGUACUUCGUGGACACGCACAACGUCGAGAUCUUCGACACCAAGACGAGCCGCCUCUUCCUCAAGAAGAGCGAGUGCCCGGCCACACUCUCGGCCAAGGACUUCUUCCUGGGGGCCAAGGUGCUCAUCUACGGCCGCCACUUCGAGCUGCAGGACUAUCUGGACCCGUUCACGGCGGAGAAACUCGGCCGACAGCAGCAAAAGUCCGUGCUGGUGAUCAAAGCUCGCAUGGUGGACCAUGUUGGUGCCGUACUGGACUUCCUCUCGCACCAGCAGUUCGCCUUCUCGGCGAUUAAGAUGAUGGAGGUGGGGCGGUCGCACGCGGAGAAGCUGUACGAGCUGCAGCGAGGGACAAGCGACUUUGAGACGCGAGUCGAGCAACUCGCGGGAGCUCCUGUCGUGGCUAUGGAGCUCGUGCAGGAGAACUGCCUUGGCAAGCUCAAGCAGGUUGUGUCGAACUUGAGUGCACGGUUCAAUGCGCAGCCAGGCGAGUUCGAGAGCGCAGCGUCCGUCCUGGAGGCGCAGCAGCUCCGCAGCUUCUACUUCGAGACGCCGCACGCUCCGACUGCUACCUUCGACAACUGUACAUGCUGCGUGGUUCUACCCCACGUGAUCAAAGAAGGCUUGGCUGGGGAGGUGGUGUCCGCUAUCCAGCGCGACGGUGGCGUGCGCAUCACGGCCAUGGAGUUGUUCAUCCUGGAUCGCACCACAGCUGCCGAGUUCCUCGAGGUGUACGAAGGUGUGGUGCCGCACUUUAACGAGUCCGUGGAUCACUUCACCACUGGCCCGUGCCUCGCCAUGGAACUGGUGGGGCAGCACACGAACGACGUCGUCACGCAGUUCCGAGCCAGCGCCGGUCCGUGGGACGUGGAGAUGGCCAAGGAGCUCAAGCCACAGACCAUCCGCGCCAAGUUCGGUCACGACCGCGUCCGCAACGCCGUGCACUGCACCGACCUGGCCGAAGACGGCGUACUCGAGUGCCAGUACUUCUUCGACAUCCUAUCACGCCGCCAAUCUUUGGGGGAGAUGACGAGGCCGCGACCCUUGCGCGCGCCGCGGUAUACGGUCUCGAUGAUGUCGAUCAUCUCGCCCUUGUUGUUGAAGGCCCAGUUGAUCUUGUUGUUGUUGCCCGUGCCCAGGUCGAUCAUGAUGUGCUUGUUGCGGAAGAAGAACAUGACGGUGCACGGGUCGUACAGCUCGUACAUGGUGUUGAAGUCGGGCACCUCCUUCUUGACGUCCUCCGCCACGCCGCACAGCACCUCGUCCAUCUGCAUGCACGUCGGGUCGUGGUCGUGGCCGAAGCGGAUCACCACCACGCGGUCGCCCUCGUUCAGGAUGGCCUGGUCCACGGCCCAGCCGCUCUCCAGGUGCGGCAACAGCGACCGUCUGCACCUGCUGUCGCUGUCGCUCGUGCUGCUGCUCUCUACAGACACGACCGCGGCCGCCGUUGAAGCUGAAGGUGACGCCGCGCACCCGCACUGCGCCGACUUCCUGCAGCACUGCGCGUGGAACGCCAGCACUUCUUCCUGCGAGUUCCGCGAGUCCGUUUCCUUCGUCUGCGGUCCUCGCAGCGCCGCAGAGCCGCCGGUAGCAGCGGCCGCAGGCUCCGGCUCGCUCCUGGACGCGGUGACGGUCUCCGCUGCGAGUUUCGAGGGCGAUUCCAAUGCUGAAGACGUCGAGGUGGGGGAAGUCUCAGCCGUCCAGGGCUAUACGUGUCACUGGGACGUGGCGGGCGGUCUGUAUGUCGCACCAGGUGUGGAUGUCGCUGUGGAGGGCGACGACUGCCUGCUGCACGUGGGCUCGGGUCAAAUGGUGCUGCUUGGAGCCAAGGCGAGCUUGAGAGCAUCAUCGUUGAGUGUGGAGGCAUCGUUCGUACAUUUGGAGGUGCAGGCGCAAAUCUCGGCGUCCUAUAGUGGAUCGUUCCGUGGCGGCCGCGGGCUGUUUACUGGUACCGAUGAGUUCGGUGCGAGUCACGGUGGAGGUGGAGGACAGCGGCUCAUUGCCAAUGCGACGAUGCUCACGCAACAGACUACCAGAGGGUUCUUUGAUGUGCGAGGACGUACAGUAGAUGUGGAGCUGAUUGAGGAGAAGGAGGCGCUGCUGAAGGAAAGCAGCGCGGGCUGGCAGCUUGCGGACUUGUGGGCCAAGGAGAAGGCGCUGGUGGCUGAUCCAGCGGUGAUGACCACGUCAUCAGGAGCUUCGGGGGAUCCUAGCGCAACGAUUGCGCCCUUCUUGCUUGGCAGUGGAAGUCGAAUUGUGAUUUCAGGGAACGACUCGAGCAAACGUGUUGCCACGGUUGAUGGAGGAGGGCGAAUUCAGAUUAAGGCAUCGAAAGAUGUUGUGGUUAUGGACGGCGCUAAGAUCCAGGCAAAUGGCGCGUCGGCGAUUGCGGGAGUGAGUGGCGGAUCAGGUGGCUCCGUGUACAUUUCAGCCAAUGCACUGUCGGUAAGCGGAAAAGUGGAGGCUAAGGGUGGAGAUGCUUUCUGUACAGAGAAUGCUGCGGAGCGUGGCGUCACGCACUGUUAUCCCGCAGGUGGUGGUGGCCGUGUGCAAAUAACUUUCAUGUCCAGCCAGCUUGACACGAACGCGAUCGACACGACAGGUGGAACAUUAAACUCGGAUCAAGUCAAGGAGCUGCUGGCGAAGAACAAUCGUUUUCGCCACGUUCAGGUGUCAGCACUAGCCGGCGCGGCGGGUACCUACUACCAGGUUGUGCAGCACUCGGAUGGAGUGCACGAAGCCCAGCUGCUAGUUGACAAUGAUAUGCAGCGGCUGUGGCCUAACCGUGUUCUAAGUGACGACGGAGAUACACUUGAUAUUGACGAAAUGGAUACAGUAAUUGGCGGUGCGGUUACGAGCUUGUACGUUGGAGACGAUGAUGCAGCAAAUAUUGACGCUUUGACGAUAUCUGACGGCGCUGUAGUCGCGACGGGCUCCUUACAGCUACCUGGGGGCGAUUUGAGGGUGCUAAAUGGUUCAUUUCUCCUUGAUGCUCUGCUGGUGGGAUUGCCGCAUCAAUUACCUGACUCGAUCAGUGUCCACAGCAGAACCAAGCCUCCUGUUCUGCAGAUUCGCGUGCGAGAUAUGUUGGUCUCAAGUAACUCUCAGAUGAUUUUGCCCACGAGCGCGCUUCAACUAUCUGCUCGUUCCGUGUCGAUGGAUGCAACGGCAGCUCUCGAGUUUACGUGGAGUGCACAGAUCAGCACGAACCAGAAUAUCCACAUUGAUGCCAAUGUCUCGAGCGCGCUAACUCCUAUUAUCGCGGUGUCUCCAUCAACAACAGCUACCUCUACCGCAACUACCAAGCUUGUUGACAGUAAAAUGUUGGCUUUGGUAAGUGGUGGUGAUGUGUCCCUGGGCGGUGUGAUCGAAGUAGGUGCGCUCUCGGUAUCCUCCGAGUUUUCGAUCACUAUCAACGGACACCUCGAAGCGCUAAAUGGUCCAAACAUCAAGUCAACUUUUCGAUCCUGUAUGGAACAGCAGUGGCUAUCGGUUGGGUCAUUGAAAGAAGACCUGGGGAAGGGAGGCCAUCAUGAUGAUUCUGCGGAAGGAGCACCGAUACCGAAUAUCCCUUCGGCACUACCAGCGUUGAGCAACUUCACGCUAGUACUGCAUGCACGUGGCUCUAUCUAUGUUGGACAGUCAGAUGAGGCAAAGAAGCAACUAGAAGACCAGCUUGAAGAGACUGAUGAGCUUCCGCCGCAACCGGUUGGCCGUGUUCGUGGCGGCGCCGUCCUGAUUUGUGCGACUGACUCGGUUGAAAUAUCACCUGGAUCUAUUGUCUCAGCCGAUGGUAUGGGAGAACUCGCGAAUCAAGGCCCUGGCAUGGGAUCGUGUGUUGGCUCCAUAGGUGGAGGCGCGGGUUACGGAGGUCGGGGAGCAGACUCAAGCGUGGUGACAAAAAUCGGCAAUUACGCUUCUGGUGGUCUUCCUUAUGGUACACGUUCAGGGACUGGAAUGUUAGGCUCCGGUGGUGGCUGCGUAGAUGGUGGUAACGGUGGAGGCAUUGUAAUGCUUGGCGCUACAGGUCUUGUACUGAACGGUGAAAUUCACUGCAAUGGCGAUGGCGGAGCAAAUGGUGCAGGAGGUGGUUCUGGAGGAUUUUUAGGGCUGUCUGUAGCACAGUAUUUGCGUGGUCACGGCCACAUAAGUGCUGUCGGUGGCGGAUCCGAAUGCACUGAUGCUAUUGAGAGCCUUGAGAGCGAGACUAGCUGGCAGGAACCCGCGUUUCUCAUUGGAAAACUCCAGUAUGAUGCUGCUGACGAACAAGCUGAGGCUCAAUCACCAAUGAGCUCGAAGGUUGUACCCCGCCUUUGUGGAGGCGGCGGCGGAGGUGGCCGGUUGCAGCUCACGGGAUGUGAGCUUAGCACUUUUGACCGGUGUACGAGAGGAUUUGACGGCAACUACACUGUUGCUGGAGGUGCAACCUCUUUCAAAUUGAUCAGUGGAGGCGAAAACACAGCAGGGUUGCCGGCGCCAACGCCUGCAUCAACGGUAGCGCAAAAAUCCAUCGUUCCUGCAGGAGCUAGUGGAUCAUUUUUUGGCUUCCCAUGCCCACCUGGCUCUGGUGGUCUAUUUUGCCGGCUCUGCCCAGUGGGCAAGUACAAGUCCGAGAGCAAUAGUGCUGAAUGCGUGGUAUGUACAAACGCGCCAUCAAACGCGCAUUACAUCGGGCUCGGUGCCACGAGUGCACGCUGUGACUGGACAUGUGAUCCCGGCUACUCAGGCUAUUACUGCGUCUCGCCUAUUCAGCAACUACUUGAUGCGUGCGGUGGCGAGUUCGGAUUUGCUCUUGUGCUUAUGAGCAUCGCAGCUUUCUUCAUCUUGCUGGGGUACGCCUGCAGGAACCGCAAGGAGCCGUCAUACACCCGCAUGUACAACAGCCGUGGUGCUAAGGGCGAGCGGCAGCAUUUGCUGUCUUCUGCUGUUGCGAACUCACAGCAAAGCUGGUGGGCAUCGUUAUUUCGCUGCUUCUACUGGCCUCGGGUUGGCUAUCCGAAACUUAUGGAGCGAGAUCUACCUGAGCACAUGGCUCGACUCUACUUUGCUGGGUAUAAUGACCCGGACUCCCCGCUCAAGCUCCGCACAACCGUCCCGCCAUCUCUCAAAAAGGUGUUGUACGACGUGGAGUUCAAGAAUUUGGCAGAUCGGAUCAACCGCGUUCUGGCGUGGCAGCGUGGGCCAUGCUCCAGCUGGGGAAAGAUUGUGUACUUCAUAGUGGCACUACUGUGCUACCCGUUCGCGUCCGAGGUGGAGCUUUUCCGACGGCACAUUCGUGUGAACGAGCUGAAGCGAAUUGUGGCGAAGUACAACCACGCAUGUAUGAAGGGCCCUCGUGCGCGUGGCCUGCUCAACGCUGUAAAGCUUGGGUACUGCGCUGAUUAUUCGCUUGUCUACCUCGAACUGCUGUACAAGGAGAGCUCGCAGUCCGUCUGCGUUCCCACAACCAAGAUCGGCAAGCCGUCUCUACCGCUCGUGCUUCUGUUUGCUGGCUGCGGAACCUAUUUCUCUCCGUUUUACCUGGAUCCCAACGACUUGCUUGUGCGAUCGAUCCCGCAAUGCCCGGAGCUUACAGCAUUCAUCGACGAGCCGUGGAUUGAAUUUGUUGCUGAACUGAACGAGCUGCUGCGUGUCGUGCAGCGCGACGAAGCUUCACUUGUGGAGUCUCUCAUACCUGUGGCCGUGUAUCUGGAAAAGCAACGUGCACUGGCGGCAUUAGGGAACAAUUCCAGCAAACUUGGCGGUUUACGCAUCUACCUCGGCAGGUUCUACGUCCAAGACGAGCUGGACAUGGGCGAAGAAUUUAAGCUUGGCCUCUUCCUCACAACUGCCGAUGAGUCGAUGGAUAAUGUCAGCAGCAACAACAACAAUGUCCAGCAGGCGCACCAGCAAGCCCCUCCUUCUUCUUCCAACCGAUACGGCUACGGUAGCCACCGUUCGAAGGACACCAAUUACUACAACAUCAACGAUGUGUAUGGAUAUGGGCGCGGUGAUUCUCUCGACUAUCCAGGACCUCGCCGCAGCAACGGGAGCUUCGGUAAUGCUGACGGUCUACUCUACGACAUGGGUGGGUGGGGCACAGCUCUGACGAACAGCAACUCGUCGCGUGGGAGAAGCCGUAGCUCCAACGAACCCGGAAGUGGCAAUGGAGCUGCCCCGAACCCCGUUAGCAGCAUCCGAGAAGAGGCACUACGCAUUCGGUCGUCCAGUUCCCACGGAGAUGGAUUGGCUGGCCACUCAGGACGCGGUGGAAACCCGGACGAUGUGCUGGUGCUAAUGGGCUCUGGGUCCUCGAAGAAGAAACGACAUAACAGCGCUGCACAUCACACUUUUUACGAAGGUUGGCUGGGACCAGUGGAUGCAUCGCUUCCUGUUCCGGGCGUGCUUAUUUGUGCUGACGAGCUUCGCGAACGCCUGGCGGAUCGGGCGCCACGUCAGAUGUUGCGAUCAUUCUUGCGCUUCCAUUUGCUGCCUCGCAAUCUGCCUCGUAGCAGUUCACUGAACCUGUCGUGGAUGCUGAGCAUCUCGCUAUUGUCGCUCCUUAUGGUGGAUCUGGCUAUCACGUUUGCCAUCUUGGUGAACCUGAAAUGCGUCACGAAUGGUGAAGUGGAUCACGACUGCAGUGCUUCCAUUAUGGUUCCCGUGCUGCUGGUGCCGCCUCUUGCGCUGGUCGUAUCGCCAAUCAUGGGCAUCGUUUCGCUGGCGCUAUCGUCGUCGACCUUCACGCGUCGUUUCUCGGUGUGGAACGCGCUCUCUAUGGCCAGCGUGGGGAUCGCCAUUUUGGCCUGCAUCGCUCAGUCGAGUAGACUUGUCGCUCCCUGGUUUGCAGGCCCACUGCCACUACUCCCAGUGAUCGCCAUGGGCGUCAAGGCCGGCCAAGCAUACGUGGUGGAGCGCUAUAUCGCUUUCCAAGAAACCAAGCGGCGGCGCCGCGGCUGGCGCGGCAUCAUGAAGCGCCGACUGUCGGAUGCCAGCAUUCCCACCGAGUCUCCGUAG